AUUAAUUGAAAGCAGAAAUAAUUUUCUACAAUCAAUAAACUAGAUAAGACAAGUGAAUAAUUAAUAACAAUGGAUAUCGUACCUGGAACAGCGUCACUCCUAGAUGAACUUGAUAAAAAACUGAUGGUAUUAUUACGAGAUGGAAGAACAUUGAUUGGAUAUUUGCGAAGUGUCGAUCAAUUUGCAAAUCUCGUUUUACAUCGAACGAUUGAAAGAAUUCACGUUGGCAAAGAAUAUGGAGACAUUCCUCGUGGAGUAUUUAUUGUCCGUGGAGAAAAUGUUGUUCUUUUAGGCGAAAUCGACAGGGAUAAAGAAAGAGUUUUGCCACUGUCUGAAGUAUCUGUUGACGACAUUUUGGAUGCACAGAGAAAAGAACAAGAAUUAAAGCAAGAUCAAGAACGUUUAAUGAAUAAAGCUUUGAAGGAGAGAGGAUUAUCAUACAUACCUGACCUAGGUCAUGACGAUAUGUUUUAAGGUGUUUCUGUAUCUCAAAUUUUGUUGACUAUAUUUUUUUUAAUUAAACACUUAAACUAAGAAAU